AUGGCACAAACGCCAAAGCAUCUCGACCCUUCCGAGCUCGGCACUCGCGAAUACUGGGAUACGCUCUACACGACCGAAAUCGCCAACAACGCCGCCAACCCCGACGAUGUCGGCACUGUAUGGUUCGACGACUCCUCCGCCGAGGAAAAGAUGCUCGCAUUCCUGGCCCGUCUCGCCGGCGACUCGCCCGACUCCGAUGCUGACGACGAAGACGACACGACAGACACCCAGCCACCACCGCCAACAACCACAUUACUGUGCAAAGAAACCACGUCUUUUCUGGAUCUCGGCUGCGGCAACGGCUCCAUCCUCUUCGCCCUGCGCUCCGACGGCUGGUCAGGCCCGCUCACGGGCGUCGACUACAGCGCGCACUCCAUCCGACUCGCCUCCCAGAUCGCCUCCUCCAAGGCCCUCACCAACAACAUCACCUUUGCCGAAUGGGACCUCAUCAACGGCCCCCCCCUCUCCACCACCCUCUCUCCCCCCUCUUCACAGCACACAUUCGACGUGGUCCUCGACAAGGGCACCUUUGACGCCAUUUCUCUCAGCGACGCCACCGACGCCGCAGGGCGCCGCAUCUGCGAGGGUUACAAGGCGCGCGUGCUGCCGCUGCUCGCCGUCGGCGGGCUCUUCCUGAUUACGAGCUGCAACUGGACAGAGGAGGAGCUGCGCGGGUGGUUCGUGGGUGGCGAGCGGGUGGCGGGGGCCACGUUUGAAGAGGCGGGACGGGUCAAGUAUCAGACGUUUAGCUUUGGGGGCGUUUCUGGCCAGACAAUCAGCACUCUGUGUUUCCGCAAGGUAUAG